UACAAGUUUCAUAAAGCAUUUAUAUAUACGUGGUUUUCAACAAUAUCAGCAAUAUUAAUAUUACAAUUCAAAAUUCCAAGUUUUGCUCUCAUGAAGGCAACUCUCAAAUAUUUGGCUGGCAUUGCUGGUCCAAGUGGUUAUGGCUCUAAAACAACUGCUGAACAAGCCACUAGAGAUUUCUCUAAUUCUUCUAAUUCUCAAAUUACUGCAAUUAUCACUGGUGCAACAUCAGGAAUAGGGGCAGAAACAGCAAGAGUACUAGCAAAAAGGGGUGUAAGAAUAGUGAUACCAGCAAGAGAUUUAAAAAAAGCAGAAAUUGUGAAGGAAUUUAUACAAAAAGAAACUCCAAUGGCUCAAAUUAUAUUAUUUGAAAUUGAUUUGAGUUCUUUUGCUUCUAUUCAAAGAUUUUGUGCUGAGUUCUUGUCUUUACAACUCCCUCUUCACAUUCUCAUAAAUAAUGCAGGGAAAUUUUCACAGAAACUGGAGUUCUCUGAAGACAAAAUUGAGAUGACAUUUGCCACAAACUAUUUAGGUCAUUUUCUAUUGACGGAGUUGUUAGUAGAGAAAAUGGUGGAGACAGCAGAAGCCACAGGGGUUCAAGGAAGAAUAGUGAAUGUUACUUCAGUUGUUCAUAAUUGGGUGAAAAGAAAUCAAUUCAACUUCAGCCAAUUGCUAAACCCUAAGAAAUAUUAUAAUGGUACUCGUGCAUAUGCUCAGUCAAAAUUGGCCAACAUUCUACAUGCCAAGGAAUUAUCAAGACAAUUAAAGGCAAGAAAUGCAAAUGUAACUAUCAAUGCUGUCCAUCCUGGAAUUGUAAAAACUGGAAUUAUCAGAGAUCACAAAGGCUUUAUCACUGAUUCUCUCUAUUUUAUGGCAUCAAAGCUUCUAAAGUCAACAUCACAGGGUGCAGCAACCACAUGUUAUGUAGCACUGAGCCCACAAACAGAAGGGAUGAGUGGGAAAUACUUUGCAGACUGUAAUGAAAGCCACUCUUCACUUUUAGCAAAUGAUGAAAAUGAAGCUCAUAAGUUUUGGAAGGGCACUCGUGUUCUUAUUCAUAGAAGAUUGCUUCCACCUGUAAAUUGAUUUUUUUUUUUUUUUUGGGGGGGGGGGGGGGGGAAGGGAGAGGAAGGUACAUGUAAAUAAAUAAAUAUACUUUCUUGUAUAUCCAUAUGAUUGAUAGAAGAAAAUAUCAUACAAGUACUAGAGUCCAAUUGUUAGCUAACUGAUGGAGUACAAAUGUUAGUAGUGGAAUAAUGAAGAUUCUUCUUUUUAGUGGUCCAUUACUAUAUAUGGGCUACAA